AUGGCGAGCGCGCAGACUACCGGUGUCGCCAGCUUCCUGAAACUACCAACCGAGCUGCUCGACCAGGUCGCCAGCCUCCUCCCCCGAUCGGCUCUUCGCGCACUCGCCCUGACGUCAAAGAAGGCGAAUGUCUCCGCCAUCGACACCCUCUACAAGAUCUACCUCAACCGCACUGCUCCCGCAAAGGCGCCCUUCCAUCUCUUCCUCCGUACUGUAUGCGAGCGACCCGACCUUGCGGCUAAGGUGAAGCGCGUCGACAUCCGCGGAUGGCGUUCGGAAUAUGAGGUUGCUACAGGAGCCGCAUGGCGGGGUGUCACGGAAGUCAGGGACGUCGAUCAAACCGAGAAGAGUGGCCCAUCAUUCACGAGCACAGAAAAGAGCCUUCGAGAUUCAGCUGCAGCGAGAUCGAAGUUGUUCGUUGGGGCUGCAGUCAAGGCCGGUAUAGUCUCGGAGCCUACAUCGCUUUCAGUACCGGCGCUCAAGGCGAGCAUCGUGUGGUACACGUCACUAAAGGAGGACGGCGACUUUCUGCGCCUCCUGGGUCGGGGUGUAGAGGAUGCGCAGCUUGUGCUGAUCCUGGCUUUACUUCCCAACAUGGAAGUCCUCCGUAUCGAUGGAUUGAGCCCUUUUCCGCUGCUCGAUUGCUCAGCGCUUCAGAAGGUUUCGGCGCUACAGAUCAACGGCUCGAACACGAGCGUGGAAGAGCCAGUCGUCAAGGACAGUUUACAGUUUCUCGACAUUACACCAAACCUGCGGAAGAUUCAUCUUAUUGCCAUUGCCGCUGGUGGUCAUAGAUUCACGAUCAAGGCGCUUCCUUCGACCAAACUCGAAGGAGUUGUCCUUCUCGGAUGCGGAGUGAACAUUCGCCUCUUGCGUAAGAUUAUGCUCGGCCAGAGUCUGGUCGUUAUAGCCUAUCGACCUGGUCCAGCUCAGAUCGAUGCAGUCACAGGAUCCGACAUCGCUCUGCCAGACCUCUUCGCUUCAUUCGCGCAUUCCAAGCUCUCGCUGCGGUCGUUAAUGCUUUUCCCUUCUAGCAUCAAGUCUGAACAGAGCAAUCUAAAGCACUUCGAGAAUCUCAAAACAUUGGAAAUACCUCUUUUGGAUGUCCUAAGCAUUCCAUACGACGAGCAAGAGCCCGAGACCAUCCACGCUCUCCUCAAAGACCAGCUUCCGGCUACCCUGAAGCACAUCGCUCUACGCUAUAUGACCAGCAAUAUUCAGACCAAGAUAGUUAUAGAACAACUGGCUGUGUUGAAGAUGCAAAACGUAUUGCCGGACCUCGACAAAGCAACCUUCAAUUUUAUCAGCGCUGUGGCAUCGUCGUUUGUCUCCACGGCGAUGAUCAAUAUCGGUGGUCCUACGGGAGGGCUAGCUGCAGGCACGACGUGGGAAUCUCUACCAGAGAUGGAGAAGAUGGUUCGGGAAGACUGUGGCAAGCUGUAUGAAGACGCGGGCAUCUGCAUGGUGGUAGAACAGACGGACUACUAG